CAAACAAGUUCAAAAAUAGUUGCUAUAGGAGCUGCUAUUCCACAAUUCACAACCAAACUGAAAAGCCCAGAUCGCUACGAUUCGAUCUUCUCCGAGUGACGCCCCAUCCGUAGACCGAUCCCAAGCUGGGUAGUCCAUUCCUGAGCAUUACGCCGGCGGGUGGCAGCAGCAAUCCCUCGCCCACGCCCCCACCGCCCGACGCCAAGGUGGCGGCCAAGCAGCUGGCCCAGAGCUUCCAGCUGUCCGCCAACUCCGCCUUCAACUUGGCCCUUCCGCCGGCCUUCUACCGCGCACCACCGCAGCAGCACCCGGAGUGCCUGGACUACGGCCACGAGGCGCCCGAGAUGGAUCUGAUCAAUCCGUAUAUGCGCCACCACAGCUUUGCGGCCGCCGCCCAGGGAAGUCCUCCGUCGGCGGCGCAACGUCAUCAUUUGGCGGCGGCCAUGAGCAAUGGCUUCGCCGAUGUCCAUGCCCAUGCGAUGGCGGCGGCGGACUACCAACAACAGUUGGCCGAUUACCACAGUGCAGCGGCGGCAGCGGCCGUCUAUGCCAACAACAACAAUAAUAAUAACAAUAACAGCAGUAACAACAACAACAGCAGUCCGCUCAUGCUGCUGAAGGCGGCACAUGGCGGGGGCCUAAAGGAUUCGGACUCGCCCUCGACGACACCGCCACCCGCCUCCUCCAGACUCCACUCCGACUCCUCGCCAUCUCCGCGGUACGAGCACAACUCCAGUCCCGGUGUGGACAGCGCCAAGUCGUAUGCCUUGAGCCAGAGGAGCAGUGGAGCGGAGGAUCCGUGCCAGACCAGCGAAUCCGCCAGUCCGCCGCCGCAGGGCCAGAACGACUACAGUCCCGAGAACCUCAGCAGCCAGAGGGCGAAGUUCCAGCACCAUCAUGGCGUGAACCCACUGGCGUUGCACAAUGCCAACCACGUUGGAAACGCCGGAGGUCACAACAAUAAUAACCACAUGGAUCACAAGCUCCCGCUGAGUUUUCUCGGUCCCCCGCUGGCCGCCCUUCACUCGAUGACCACGGAAAUGAAGGGUCAAGGAGUCGGCGGUUCCUCGGCGGCGGCAAAUGGCUUGUCCUACGGCCACAGCCCGAACUCGCAUCUGAUCAGUGAUCGCGGCUCCGGUGGCAGCUCGUCGUCCUCCUCCACCACGACCACGAACACCAACAGCCAGGGUGCACCCAAUCCGCACGGCAUCGAUACCAUCCUCUCCAAACCGCCGCCGGUCACAUCGGCGGGUCUAAGUGCUUUAACAGGAGCUGGCAUUCCCCGCUUCUCGAUCGCCGCCGCAGCAGCGGGAAUGGCGCAGUAUCUUUCGCAGAGCCAAGGAGCGCCAUUGAAGACCCACGCCGGACACAUAGUGGACCGCACGCACCUGUACUGGCCAGGAUUACAGGGACUGGUGGCCAAUCCCAUAGCGUGGCGCGAACGGCUCUCCAACACGAUGUCCGCCAAUCUGUCCCAAUCGCAUCAGCACCACCCAUCGAACGACAAGGAUGGCAAAAAGAAACACACCCGCCCAACAUUCAGUGGUCAGCAGAUCUUCGCCCUGGAGAAGACAUUCGAGCAAACCAAGUAUCUGGCAGGACCAGAGCGUGCCAAGCUCGCCUACGCCUUAGGAAUGUCCGAGUCGCAAGUUAAGGUCUGGUUCCAAAAUCGUCGCACCAAGUGGCGCAAACGGCAUGCGGCGGAAAUGGCCACGGCCAAGAGGAAACAGGACGACAUGGGCGGCGAUAACGAUGGCGAUUGCAGCGAGACCAUGGACAGCGAUAACGAGAGUCUCGAUAUGGGGGAGUCCCCGGCCCAGAACAAGAGAUGUCGCAGCAACAGUUCUGGGUCCUCGCAGCAGCAGCAGCAGCAGGAUAACUAUCGUCAUUAAAACGAAUUUACAAACUAUGCAAGGACAUGGACUCGCAAUGAAAUGGA